CCAAAACAGCGCCGUAGCAUCGAGUCGCUCACCGGUACCUCUGUCACAAGGUUCACUUCGUCUUUCGGAACCUACGAGGUCUUUCAUAGAUCCUACAGCGUCCAAUUUUAUCCAAAUUGUUCAAAUUGGUGGUGUCAAUUUCCACUCUGUGAGAAUUGCCACAAACGAGUCAGGAGCAGCAAGACUCUCCAACUCAGUCAUGGAAUCUACGGUCAUCGAUGAAACCAAGAGAGAGGGAAAGAUUUCAUCCCCGGAUUCGACAUUAAACAAAGACUGGCGAUUCUGGCUCGUGAUCUUCUCCAUGUGCCUCAUCGGUUUCCUGGUUGCUCUUGACGGAAGUAUCAUCGGCAUUGCCCUUCCACGGAUAUCGAACGAGCUGCAACUGGAGGAGCAGUACGUUUGGGUGGUCAAUUCUUUCUGGAUAGCUCAGACGGUUUUCCAACCUCUUGUAGCGCAAUGUUCCAACAUAUUCGGACGUCGAACACCCAUGAUUCUCUCCGUCGCUAUUGUCGCUAUAGGAAGUGUGGUAGCCGGUGCGUGUUCAUCGAAGGAUAUGCUGAUAGUCGGCCGCACGAUACAAGGCCUCGGCUCAGCUGGGACUAUGCUGCUCAUGGAGGUCAUUGUAUGCGAUAUUGUCCCGCUGCGCGAGAGAGGAAAGUAUUUGUCGAUUACACUCUCUUGUUGUGCCGUGGGAGCUAUCUCUGGUCCGCCUAUUGGAGGGGCAAUCGCUGAGAAGAGUUGGCGCUGGAUAUUCUACAUGAACGUUCCCAUAUCUGGGGUAGUCCUCGCAGUCAUGAUUCCUUUCAUGCGACUGAAACAUACCCCUCAACCUUGGACAAGAGCGUUGUCGCAGAUUGACUGGAUCGGUAACAUCAUCUUCGUCAUGGCGCUGACAUCUCUGCUCAUCGGCCUCGUUUUUGGAGGAGCAGUAUUCAGUUGGGGCUCCUGGCGUGUCGUGGUCCCCAUUGUUCUUGGGGUAGCUGGCUGGGUCGCAUUCCAUAUUUGGGAAACCUCAAAGAUUUGCAAAGUUCCGGUCAUUCCCCGGCGCAUUGUAGGAAAUCGGACAUCGCUCGCCUGUCUCGUCCUCGUCUUCAUGUCAUCGGUGCUUACGACCUGGAUCAACUUCCAGUGGCAGUUAUAUUGGCAAGCUGUCCGUGGAGCGAGUCCGCUUCGAUCAGGCGUCAACUCGAUAGUAUAUCAGGCCUUUUCGAUUCCUAGUGCAGCUGUGGCAGGACAAAUUCUCUCUCGACUAGGCGUUUAUCGCCCGAUACACUUUGUCUCUUUCUCUAUCCUCACGUUGGGCUCCGGGCUGAACACGAUAUUGACCACCACCACGCCCACUGCGGUAUGGGCGGUUUUGGUCGCGCUGAACGGGAUCGGAAUUGGCAUCAUUCUGCCGACGGUCCUUCCCGCCAUCCUCAGUUCACUGGCCGAGUCUGAUGUCGCUGCUGCGUCAGGCGUUUACUCGUUCGCCCGAAGUUUCGGCUUUCUCUGGGGUAGUACAAUUCCCACGGUGAUUUUCAACACCUCUUUUGACCGUUUCAUCGGACUGAUACACGAUCCGCCGAUACGAGAUACGCUGAGGAACGGAAGAGCUUAUCAGUAUGCCAGUGGGUCUUUUCUAAGUACCCUCCCGCAACCAGUGAAAGCGGAAGUGAUCGAUGUAUUUCUGAAGUCUAUACGAGUCGGAUGGCAGGUUGCUAUUGCGUUCGCUGCUCUUGGACUCGUAUUUGUCUGUUUGGAAAGACAUUAUCCGAUGCGCAAAUCAUUGGAGAGUGAUUAUGGGAUCGAGAAUGAGGGAGAGAACAAGAUCGGAGGAAAAGAAGGUCAAUCGGGCGCUUGA